AUGCUCAAGGAACUGAUCAAAGCAGCGAGGAGAAUAGGACUGCGAAUAAAUAGGAAUACACACUUCAUGAAGAAUGCCUACGAGGACGAAGGAGCACAACUUCAAGGUUCUAAAAUCGUGGAAACUUUGUCACAUGUAUACCUCGGACGUUCUAUGAACAUGAAAAAAGACUUGAAGGAAGAACUGAAUGGAAGGAUGAGAGCAACGUGGGCAUCAUUUGCAUCCGUCAGGGAAGCUGCAGAAAAACUGACGGACCAAGAGCUCAAUGCCCUUUUGUUGUGCGGUUUUUCACGUCCUGUUACGCAGCGGAAACGUAUUCAGACACUGCUGCCACGUACAAGAAGCUAUUGGCUACCCUCAGAAGUCUUGAGAGUCAAAUGA